UAUAAAUACGAGUGUCAAUGUCUAUUUCACACAAACUGUAUUCUCAUCUGAGCUCUGAAUGCAAAGAUCAUGGCGCAGUUGUGGACUCAAUUUAUUUUCUGUGCUUUACUUCUCAUGACGAUUUCUGGAGAAGAUGAAUUAGGCACAACAAAACAGUGUGAAGAUGCUCCCUUUGUUCCAGGGCACAAUCUUGGUGGAGAGGGAUUUGAUGUUGUGACCAUGGAGCGAAAAGGUUCUUACGUGAUCAACACAGAAAAAUGGGAUUUAGGAAACGGCACCUGUAGAAUUGAAAAAAACAAGUACCAGAAUGGAGUGAAACAGAAGUUACCAGCAGCAGUUGUAUUCUGGAGGACCUUGCCAAAGUGUUCAAUGAAAGUCUCCAGUCGGAUCUUUGAAUCAAGUGAGUCACUGGUCAAUGAUUCAUCAUCUUCGCUUUCGUCCAGCUGGAAACUUGAUCUGAAUACAAAGUUAUAUGGAGCAACAUCUGCUGGCACCCAUUCAAGAGAAGCAAAAUUUGCAAUGAGAAAAUCAAAAGAAGACAAAUACAGUUUUACCAAACAUGAAGUUGCAUGCAGCUUUUACAGGUACCAAGUAGCCCAAAAACCACCUCUUCAUCAGGAGUUUCUUGAAGCAGUCAAAUCUCUUCCCAAAUCCUAUGAUCUAACUGCCUACCGUAGCUUGAUCAGCACAUACGGUACCCAUUUUAUCAAAGAUGUGAAGUUAGGAGGGAAAAUGAAAGCCAUAACAGCCAUCAAAACCUGUCAGGCAACAAUGAGUGGACUCACAGAUACUGCCGUGAAAGACUGUUUGGAUGUGGAAGCCUCUGGACAAAUCAAAGGAGUAGAUGUGGCAGCAGAAACACAUUUUUGUAAUGAAAAGAAAAAGAAGAUGCGUACAAAUCAAAAGUUCAGCAACAUUUUCAGUGAACGCCAAACAGAGAUUAUUGGAGGAAACAUAAAUGGAGAAAAUUUGCUGUUUUCUGGUUCGUCACACCCAAACUCCCUUAAAAAGUGGCUCGAGUCCUUGAAGACCCUCCCUAACGUUGUGCACUACACUCUCAAACCGCUUCAUUUUAUACUGGAUAAAUCACACCCUGCCCGGAAUGGACUUAAGAAAGCUGUCGAGGACUACAUUAUUGAAAACUCUCUUAAGAAGGUUUGUUCAGAAUCUUGUGCCAUCAGCAGGAAGCGCAGUGCUAGAGAUCGAUGUGUUUGUGUUUGUAGGCCCAGUCAAAUGAUAAAGUCUAAUUGUUGUCCAGCUGAAAAAGGACUUGCCACACUGAAAGUCUACAGACUCUAUGCCAACGGUUUAUAUGGAGAUGUGGGUGGUUAUACAGAUGGUUCUGUGGUAGUCAAAUAUGGUACAAAAACCCGACGCACUAAGAUUAUUAAUAAUAAUGACAACCCACGUUGGCGAGAAACAUUUUACUUUGGUACCAUUAAGAUCAAUAUGGCUACCGGUAAUCAACUAAACUUUGAAGUGUAUGAUGCAGACAGCUACUGGAACAGCGAUUUUCUUGGUAAAUGCUCAUUUGAUCUUCGAAGUGGUGUUGUGAGGGACACCUGUGUCUUUAAAUAUGGCACCUUCUUUUUCACUUAUGAAGUGCAAUGUGCACCCAGUCUAGAGGGCCGUCAUUGUGAUAAUUACAAACCUUCUCCAAUGUCUUCCCAUCUUGCUAACAUUUUCAGCUCAAGAAAUGGUAUUCUGGUUAAGGACUUGUGGAAGCUAGAAUUAGCUCGCAAUAGCUCAGAUAAAUUAAGUUUCAAAAGCACUUCUGGAAAACAGAUGGAGCUGUACAAAAAGUAACUUCUCAGAUCAAACCCAGAUGCAUUAACAUAGCUAUAAUCUAGCACAGCUUAAAAAUCAAUAGAUGCAAAAUGUUAUAUCCAGAAGUAUAUCCAGAAACAAUGUGUGAAACUUUGCAUUUUAAUUGCAUUAUUUGCUUCAUUUUUGUUCAAUUAAAGCAUUCACAAAGACA